CUAAAAUAGCCGGUUACUGCUCAUCUUCCACUGUUACUAAUUUUCUACCUUCCGGACAGGCUCCAGUUCGUUUGCGCUACAGUUGCUUUGCAAUAUCGAAGAGCUUCCGACGUCAUGGCAGGCACAGCGCCGCUAAUAGUCGAUGCAGUAACCAAACACACGGCUACUGUCAUUGUAGCCCAUGGUCUCGGCGACAGUGGUGUUGGAUGGGUCUGGCUGGCGGAGAGCUGGAGGAGACACAACAAGUUUCCAGAGGUCAAAUUCGUAUUUCCAAAUGCCCCAGUCAUCCCAAUUACUCUGAAUAUGGGCUUUCGCAUGCCCGGUUGGUACGAUAUUGUAAGACAACGCGACCAUUCCAAUACAUCGUUAGAUGAGCUUAAAAAAGGCGAGGACGAAGCAGGUAUCAGCCGUUCGCAAGCUUACUUUCACAACCUUAUCGACAGCGAAGCCAAGAGUAUAGGCUCUGAGCGUGUUGUUUUUGGCGGGUUCUCCCAGGGCGGAGCAAUGUCUCUGUAUUCCGGCCUCACGUAUGGUAAGAAGCUUGGUGGCAUAUUCGGAUUGAGUUGCUACAUGCUGCUUCAGGAUAAGCUCAAGGACAAGAUCGCAGCUGCUGGUGGUGUUAACAAUUCCACACCCAUAUUCCUAGGUCACGGUGACGCCGACACGCUCGUACGAUACGAGUGGGGUCAGAAGACAGCAGACAAAUUGAAGGAGUGGGGUCAUCCGGUUGAAUUCCACACAUAUAAAGACCUGGCGCACGGAGCAGAUCCUGAAGAGGUGGAUGAUCUUGAAAAGUUCUUGAAUAAGGUUAUUCCUCCUCUGGGUAAUGAGACUAAGGCUAGCUCGAGUUCAUGACUGCUAUUGCUAAUCCUGUUGUCGAUUCUCUGUUCUAUACACCGGCUUAACCUCUAUCUACGCAGAGCGCGAUAGAUAAGCCAUAGUUAGCGCUGUUGUUCAAUCACAAUGAAAUUCCUUCAUUACGGCCAUCUUUGCACCAACCGGACACAUACAGAACUUGAAAUGAUGUCACUCGCUUUUCUAUUA